AUGGUUAAAGGCACCGCGAAGGUCACCCAAAGCUACAGUGCUGUCCUUACAGCUGAGCAUGUCAGAUUCAGAAGAAGAAAUGACAGGUGAAGAUGCUUGCCUGGUGCCCAGUGAGGAAGACUCAUCUGAUGAAGAACUGAGGCGAAUCACAGAUGCAGAAAAGCAAAAGAAUGGCUUUCCCUCUCCGUGUCCGACCACAACGCCUCUGGCAGACCCUCAUUUCACUUGCACACACCUCACAAAGUCAGAACAUGACAACACAGAACCGGACCUGUUUACAGGAUCUUCCCAGGCUGUUCAUUCUGUAGCCCAGCGACAGGACAUCCAGUCGGGGCAGUACCAAGACCUAGAGGGGAUCCUGACUUUGGGAGUGGACCCUGGAGUCCUGCAGCCUAGCCCAGCUCCAGCUCAAACCUUUAGAGAAGAGCAGAGCCACACAGGAAGUUUGCUAGUUGUAGGGCAGGAGUCCUGGAGCUCCAGCAGCAGUCUUCAGCAUCACGCAGAGGAAGAGCUGGUCGCUGCGCUGAUGAACGUUCGGCCCGUCAGUAGCACUCCUCGUACGUUCACACCAUGCCGUGGAAGAACAUCAUCACAGAGGCUGUGUUUCAAAGGCACCAUAAGCAGAUGUUCUCCCCUCUCUACUUAUCGUCCAGACCCAUCAAACCGGCCGCUGUCUCGUGCCGCUCAGGAGAUCAUGGAGGUCCAGUCGGUGGAGCAGCUCGACCUCCAGGACUCUGAUGAGGAUGAGGAGGAUGUCCUGGCUCUGGCCUGCCUUGAGGAAGAAUUCAGAAAUAUGAGCACUACACAGUUACAGUAGAUGAGGGAUGAAGAGGAGGAGAUCUUCAUCAAGAAUGAUAUGAGGCGUCUGAUGACCUGAGACUGAUUUCCAGGCCCUGAUUACAGCACUCUCACCAUGCUCCUGAAAUCCAGCCAAUCAAAGUCCAAACCUUGCAGUCCCCCAAUGCUUUCCUAUGUUGUUAUAGUUUUGGUUGUAAAUUGCAACAAUAUUCAGUUUGUUUUCAUGGAAACUGUUUUGAAAGAUUUGCUUUUGUUACUGGUAAAGUAUCCGCUAAAUGACAAGAAUGCAAUUGCCUUUUUAGCUUUUCUAAUUAGCUGCUUAUAGCUUGACAGGGUUCAUGAGGGUUCUGGAGGAAGGGAAGAUGAAAGCACUGAAGACUGCAUGAAGCGGCAGCAUGCAAAUGAAGGCAUGGGAAGCAGAGGGAUUUCCCCUACAGAGAGAAAGAGAAUCCACACGUGGUCACUGAGCGCAGACAGGAAACCUCCCACAGGACAUCCUCAUUUUAAGGGACAUCAGGCGAGCAGAACAGAGUCAGUACUGUGCAGAUAGGUCUUGAAUUCAGUAGGGCGUUAUUUUCAAUGGCUAUAUUCAAUAUAAAAUG